AUGUUGAAGAACCGAGACAUCAACUUCCUGAACAACAUUCUCACCCAGCUGCAAUUCAAGGUCUUCCAGGAGGCUGACAUCAUCAUCAGGCAGAACACGUCCAGAGACCGCAUGUUCUUCAUCGAGCACCACCAGUUCCUGGUGAAGACCGACUUUUUCCAGAAGGAGCUUAUUGACGGAGACUACUUUGGAGAUCUGCCUCCUGACCAAAGGAAGCGUUUGGCAACAGUGCGAGCUAUGACCAUCUGCCAGCUCUUAUCCCUGCACGCAGACAGCUUCCAGCAGGUCCUACAGGCCUUCCCUAACGUCAGGAAAGAUCUGGAGAUGACUGCCCAAUAGCGCCAAGAGGACCUAAAGAGUGAUUAAAGCCCC